UGAUAGUGUAUAAUUUUAGAUGACUUUGAUUUUUACAACACUAUCAUAAGUUACACGUUUUCUACCGGCUUACUCAACAUGUUUUGGUAAUGUAUAUAUGAAUGACAAGAAUGGAUGAACAGAAAAUUUUUAGAUCAAACAGAAGAUUCCAAAAAUUAAGUAUGUGCUGUAAUUUUUGUAUAGUAUAAAUUUUCACUUUAAAGAAACCAUUCAUUAAACGAAAGUGACUUGUUAACAUUUUGAGCAGUAUAUACCUCAAAAUUCUGUAAAGUACAGAAAAAAGAAUUACAUUAACAAUUGAAUGGAAGUUUUAAUUUAAUAGAGAAAAAAAAAUUGUAUAAGAAAUGAUAGAAUCACAUGAUUCUUUAUUGUUAACGAUUGUUGGUUCCCCUGAGAAAAAGUUGGCGUUUACUAAUUUUGCGUACGUCAAUGAUAAAACGUUUAAAGCAUUAAAAUUACUUAAGAAUGGAACUGCCGCAACAAUAACUAGUUCUGGGGAUAUACGUUGUGAAAUAAAAAGAAUCAUUUUGAAUAUAACAGUGCAUUCUUCGGUUGGUGAUAUGUGCAUUGCAUUAAGUCAGCCUCAUCGUGUUUCGGCUUCUGUUAACAUUAAUGACGCUGUUCUUGUUCAACCUUGGACAGCUAAACCAUGUUUAGCUGAUUAUGCCGCUCAAGAAAUUAAGUGCAAUAUUGGUACGAUCCUGCGUCAUCAAUCUGCUGAAGUGAUUGAAGAAGAUCUUGAAAAAGAAAUACAGAAUAGAUAUAGAGAUCACGUUUUGACGGUAGGACAAACAUUUGCUAUUCUUAAUCCAACCGACAAUAUAAUACUUUCAUUAACUGUGAGUGAAAUUGAAAAGUUACGUCUUCCUGUAUCAAAGGAUUAUAAUAAGGGAGCUUAUUUAAACAGAGGAGUUAUUAUUGACUCUACUGAUAUUGUAUUUUCAAUUGCAGAGGGUUUCAAUAUAACAAUAAAAAGUAACACAACACGUUGCAAAAAUUUGUUUGGGCGGGAGUUUGAUUUUCAACAAUUGGGAGUAGGAGGUCUUGAUAAGGAAUUUUCGGAUAUAUUUCGUCGUGCGUUUGCUAGUCGUAUUUUUCCAUCCUCUGUGUUAAAAGAAUUAGGGAUUCAACAUGUGCGGGGAAUGUUACUUUAUGGACCUCCUGGAACGGGAAAAACUCUCAUCGCUCGACAAAUCAGUCAUGCACUCCGUACUCGAGAACCCAAAAUUGUUAAUGGUCCAGAAAUAUUAAAUAAAUACGUAGGACAAUCUGAAGAAAAUAUACGAAAUCUAUUUAAGGAGGCUGAAGACGAUUAUAAAAAAAAAGGAGACGCUUCUCCACUUCACACGAUCAUUUUGGAUGAAAUCGAUGCCAUUUGUAAACAAAGAGGAACAACGUCUUCAUCAACAGGUGUGAAUGACUCAAUCGUUAAUCAACUUUUAUCUAAAAUUGAUGGGGUGAAUUCCUUGAAUAAUAUACUAUUGAUUGGAAUGACAAAUCGUUUGGAUAUGAUUGAUGAAGCUUUAUUACGCCCGGGACGUCUUGAAGUCCAUAUAGAAAUAGGCCUACCUAACGUGCAAGGGAGACUCCAAAUUCUUUCAAUUCAUACCAAUACAAUGUCAAAUUCAAAACGUUUAUCCGCGGACGUUUCAUUAACAAAUCUUGCGGAGAGAACACGCAAUUUUUCGGGCGCCGAAUUAGCAGGUCUUGUACGAAGUGCAGCGUCUUACGCCUUCAGCCGUAACGUAGAUGUUAAGGAUUUGUCACACACGCCUGAUAUUUCGUCUCUUCAAUUAUGUGAAUCGGACUUUGACAUGGCCUUGGGAGAAAUCAAACCAGCUUUUGGGGUGCAAACAGACGAACUUGAAGCGUGUUUAACGUGUGGAAUAAUAGAAUACAGUGACGCGUUCAAAAUACUUCAAACAAGCUUAGCUACAUUCGCUCAGCAAGUGCGGGAUAGUCCAAAUACACCCUUAUUGUCUUGUUUGCUACUGGGUGAAUCUGGCACGGGAAAAACAGCUUUGGCCGCGUUCACGGCUUUAAACGGGGAUUCUCCUUUUGUGAAAUUUGUAUCGCCAGAGCAAUUUGUUGGAUUCACGGAGUACGCACGUGUUUCUGCCAUCAAAGGUUUUUUUGAGGAUGCAUACAAAAGUGACUUUGGAAUUAUUAUUUUGGAUAAUCUUGAGCGACUUAUGGAUUACACACCGAUUGGAAGUCGAUUUUCUAAUAUGAUUUUACAAGCCUUGUUAGUUCUGGUGAAAAAGACUCCAACAAAACAGGGUCAUAGGCUUUUAGUUCUCGCAACAUCGUCCGAGCCUGACUUUAUGCGACACUCAGGCAUCACAUCAUCUUUUAACAUUGUGUUAGAUGUCCCUCCAUUAACCUCAACAAACCAUAUAAGAAAAGUUCUCGAGGUGGCAUCAGCUAAAAAGCAAAACUUUCCAAAUACGGAAAUUGAAUACGUUUGUGAACACCUGAAACAAUCGUUACCCAUCAAGCAAAUGCUUUUAAUUUAUGAAAUGGCAACGGAAUCUUGCCGUCACGAUGAUUUUUUAAAAGGAGAAAAAUUUAUGGCAUGUGUUGAGGAUUGUGGUUUAUAAUCUUUGGCUUCUUUUAAUAUAUAAAUUUUAAAAUACAAAAAAUAAAUAUUUUUGUUUCUUCUCAAGUCAAUUGGAAAAAUAUCAGA